AUGUCUGGUUCUGCAGGAUUUGACAGACAUAUCACUAUUUUUUCACCAGAAGGUAGAUUAUACCAAGUUGAAUAUGCAUUUAAGGCGAUCAAUUCUGCCAAUAUCACUUCAAUUGGUGUUACUGGUAAAGAUAGUGCCGUUUUAAUCUCACAAAAGAAGAUCCCAGAUAAAUUAUUGGAUGCAGAAACUGUUAGUUAUAUUUUUAAGAUUACCCCUUCAAUUGGGAUGUUGGCUACUGGUGCAAUUGCUGACGCUAGAGCACAAGCAUUAAGAGCCAGAGCUGAAGCUGCAGAAUUUCGUUAUAAAUACGGUUAUGAAAUGCCGGUUGAAGGUUUAGCUAAAAGAAUGGCUAAUUUAUCUCAAUUAUAUACCCAAAGAGCUUAUAUGAGACCCUUGGGAGUUGCUUUAACAUUCUGUCAAGUUGAUUUCGAAGAUGAGGAUAGAGGAGCUCAAAUUUUCAAAUGUGAUCCAGCUGGGUAUUAUACUGGAGUUAAAGCAGUUGCAACCGGACCAAAACAACAAGAAGCAACCACUUUCCUUGAGAAGAAGUUUAAAAAAAUAGACUAUAUUAAAGGAGAUUGGAAGGAAACUGUAGAAUUUGCUAUUACAUCCUUGAGUUCUAUAUUAGGGACUGAUUUUAGGAAAAAUGAUAUUGAAAUUGGUGUGGCCACCACUGAUGGCUUCCGAGUUUUAACUGCAGAUGAAAUUGAUGAUAGAUUAAUCGCUAUAGCUGAACAAGAUUAG